ACUGAACCACUAGAAACAACUGUGGCAAAUCUACACACCGGAAUAACCUAUCUACAACUACCAUACAUUUCACCAUGAUUUCACCCUACUAUAUAACAUUAAUUGUACUGGCUAUUUGUUAAACAAGAGGCCAUUAAAACAAGAAGAAGAAGAAGUUCCAAUUUCCAAACAAAUCAAAAAUAUUACUUAUUUGACAAGUGAAGUAGAAAAUUUUUUUUUUCUAACUCAUAGUGAUAAAAUGAAAAAAAGUAUAUAAAAAUGAGUGACAAGAAGCAGAAAAGAGUGAAUUUAAGCAAUGAAAAAAAAUUGGAGGUUAUAAAAAAAUUGCAAUCCGGUGUCUCGCAUCAAGCAAUAAUGAAAGAAUAUGGAAUUUCUAGCUCUCAAUGUUAUCAAUUGCCAAAUAAUGUGACAAAAAUUUUAGAAGUAAUUAAAGAUAAUUCUAUAUUUAAGACGAGAAAAAAUAUGAGAGCAUGUAAAAAUGCUGAUUUAGAUUCCGCAGUAUUUAUGUGGUUUCAGCAAAUGCGAAGUAGAGGUGAACCAGUUAAUGGUCCUGCACUUCAAGAAAAAGCUCUUAUUUUUAAUGAAAAACUUAAUAACUCGACGACAUUUAAAGCAAGCAGCGGUUGGCUUAAUCGUUUUAAGAAACGAUACGGUAUAAGUUUUGAAUCAUAAAAAGAAGAGUUUUUUUAUUUAACUCUCCAAGUGCCCAUCAAUUCAUCAAUAAUAAUUUAAAAACUUGUAAAAUAAUGAUUAUAAACAUUAAGGUCCAGUCGAUAAUAAAGAAAAUUAUAAAUAAAAAUA